AAAAAAAGACACAAAAUGACUUAAAAAAGACACAAAAUGACCAAAAAAGACACAAAAUGACUUACAAAGACAUGAAAAGAAUUAAAAAAUGGACAAAAUAGCCCAAGACUCCAUAGAGUUAAGUUGUUAACCCAUUUCUUGUUCCCUGAAAAAGGCCUACUUGUAUAAUUCUGAAAUGUACAUUAUUUUUCAGUUUUGGUUAAGCUUACCUUUUUUUAUUUACCUCUGGCAGUUCACCACUUACCUUUGUACCCUUUCAAGCUGUUCAUUUGACUUGAACUGCUUGAAUUUCAAUAAAAAACUGGAAAAAAUUGUGGUGUUCUAAAACUUUUGACCGGUAGUGUACAUCCAGGCAUAUAAACAUAGUUGAUGAUGGAAAUAUCACAUGAAAGUAAAUAGUGGAUUGAACCUCUAACCAUCACAUGUAAUACUUUAAUUAUAAAUACACCCUAACAGAUGGAACAGCUUCAUUUACGUUGUUGAUUACCAACACAAUUCCUGUAAGUCGCUAAGAGCUUUAUUUAAUUUACUUCCUCAUAGUUUGUGUAAUGUGUUUCUGAUUCAUGACUGAAAUGUCAGCUUUUAGCCUACUCUUGCUUUUUUUAUUUAGGGUGUGGUAAGUAAACUGUAUGUCAGCUGUGUGUAUGAACCUGAACGGCUUUUAGUUGUGGGUCUCAGUGAAGUAAUAGCACUUUGGUUAUCUUACAGAAAUGCUCAUAGGAUUGGACAGGAGCUUGAAGGCUAACAGCAAGGAACUGUGCACUCUGGAGACUCAGAUGUAGUUUUUUUUCUCUAUUUAUUCCAUUCUUUCCAUAUGUCUUUAUUUGUAGAUGCUUUGUAUUAACAUGAUCUAGCUUAGAUUAACAAAUUCCAAUACUCAAUGUGUUCCUCUAAAUCUUUGUUUAAAUUGUCUCAUUUUUGAUUUGCUUAGUGUUGUUUGUAGUGCAAUGAUCCUCUUCCGAAAAUUCUAAAAAAAUGUCAAUUUCUCAAAAUUUGCAGCUCCCAAACUCCAUACUCCAUAUUGGUGGUAAAGAAUUGACCAGGAAAAAUAAAGAAAUCUGUUAUCAGGCCAUGGAUGCCCGUGUUGUGAAGGACAUGACGACAGGCAAAUCAAAGGGGUAUGGAUUUGUGUCCUUCUACAACAAACUGGAUGCAGAGAAUGCCAUCAUUAACAUGGGGGGACAGUGGCUUGGAGGACGCCAAAUCAGGACCAACUGGGCAACACGUAAACCACCAGCUCCAAAGAGUGCCCAGGACAAUGGCUCAAAGCAGCUGAGGUUUGAUGACGUAGUGACUCAGUCCAGUCCACAGAACUGUACCGUGUACUGUGGAGGCAUCCAGUCAGGAUUAUCAGAACACCUCAUGCGACAGACCUUCACACCGUUCGGUCAGAUAAUGGAAGUCAGAGUUUUCCCAGAGAAAGGCUACUCUUUCAUCAGGUUUUCCUCCCAUGACAGUGCUGCCCACGCCAUCGUUUCAGUGAAUGGUACAGCCAUCGAAGGACACAUAGUGAAGUGCUACUGGGGCAAAGAAUCUCCUGACAUGGCAAAAAAUCCACAGCAGGUUGAAUACAGUCAGUGGGGACAGUGGAACCAAGUCUAUGGGAAUCCGCAGCAGCAGCAGCAGCAACAACAACAACAACAACAACAGCAGCAGCAACAACAACAGCAACAGCAGCAGUAUGGGCAGUAUGUGACCAAUGGAUGGCAAGUUCCCUCCUACAGCAUGUACGGCCAGACGUGGAACCAGCAAGGAUUCGGAGUCGAGCAGUCCCAGUCCCCAGCCUGGGUGGAAGGCUUCGGAUCUCAGUCAGCUCAGGCUGCAGCUCCAGCUGGCCAAGUCAUGUCCAACCUGGCCAACUUCAGCAUGGCCGGCUACCAAACGCAGUGAGCCGGCCCUAACCUAAGCGUAGUACCGAGAGGAUUUUGUUAACCCUUUUAGACAACACGGCACUCUUUCAUCUGGACAGCUGCUGUGGUUUUAGAAGGGCAGGGGCCAUAUUCACAAAGCCUUUGUAGCUUCUAGUUGCUCCUUAACAGCCAGUUUAACAAUUCUGUUUUAAAUCUACAGUGUCAAUUGAAACUAAGAACUUUUCUAAAAAAAAGUUUAUUUGAUGAUAAUUCAUAGUUGUGUUAUGGAAAAGUGUGCUUGGGCUUCUGAAGUAAAGCCAAACCAACUGUCUUUGUCUAAGUAGAUGUUAAAGGACACACCAACUUUUUUGAAUGUUUAGUCGGAUGAGAACUUAAUCCAGUAUGUGAUAAAUGGGACAGACACACACUGAAUAAAUUGGAAAAUGGGACAAACCAUCAAAAAGUUGGUCAGGGCUCUAACUUAAGGCCGGCUCACCAUCCUGGGGACACAAAAAAUUAUUAUUACUAUUAUUAUUGCCUAAAUCAGAGAAGUUAUCUCUAUCUCUUUCUCAUUGGAGCACACAGAUGCCAGAUAGGUGGCCUUAUUAUGUGCGUGCACACCCACAAUGUUUACAAAUGUAAAAAAACAAAUGGUAACAGAGUUUACAGAUAUGACAAUAAAAAUGUGUUAAUUUAUCAUUUUAAUGCAUGUGAUAUAAAUAUAUCAGUGAAUAUGUAUAUGCAUAUAUAUGCGUAUAUACAUGCUUUUAUAAAAUGUGAGGAAAUUUAUGAUAAUUAAUUAUUUCACUGGCGUUUCAUUUAUGCCUCAAUUUUAAUGUUAGAAACAAUUUUAUUGUGGAAAAACACAUUUUUUUAGUUGGGACGGGUAAAGUAUUUUCUUCGGGGCAGUUUGAAUUGUAUUUGGGAACAGUUUGGGAUGGUGGUGAACAAAGUUAGAGCCCUGGUCAGUGUAGUCCUUCAAAACUAAUUGUGACCCUCACAUUCUCAAAAUUUGGACAAAAAUGUGUCUGAAAAACAUAAAAAUGUACAUAGAAUAACAUAACUGACGUGUUAUUUUAUUGGGGUUAAAAGCACAUUUACUUCAAGCCAUCGUAUUUCUCCAGGAGCUCACUGGAACACGACAAGGAUUGAGAUCCUAAAAAACCUAAUAACAUUAAUAUUGAAUUAUCAAACUAUAGCAAUAUCUGCUCUCAGUUUGCCAAUAUGCUUUUUAAUAUUUUUGGUGUUUGUUACAUACUUGUCAAGAUGUUUAUUUACUUAUCUCUGGGGCAUUUUUCUGUCAUUUUAUACAACAGAAUACAAAAACUCCAACUCGAGUCCUCAUACAUUGAUUAAGUUCAUUUUUGUGAUAGAGGUCAGUUUGUAAAAAGGCAUACGUUAUUGUACAGAUCAAGCCAGGAUGAUUGGUCACCAUGAAUUUGUGCUACAAACUGCACUGAGCCACAAGAAUGAACCAAACUACUACAUGUUGGUCUGGGCUUCGCUUCGGCUCAUAGCUAGAAAUUCAGUCCUGUUUUGAUAUAGUAAGAAAAAAUGCUUUGUGAAUAGAGGCCCUGGAACGGUAGUUUACCUUUCCAGUAUAUGUGAAGAAACUAUUUGUAUAAACAACUGUGGCUUUAAAGGAGAUUUCAGCGGGAUGUGGUCUCUCUUGGGUAACUUUUGUGUACAUGUGACCUACACAACUCUUAAAAGCAAAAAAAAAAAAGUUUUUUUCAUGUUUUGUAACAGAGUGAUCAGCAUGUUCUUUGCAGACUUUUGAUGGAUUUUAGUUUACACUUUAAUGUAGCCUAGAGUGGACUGAUUUAUAAUCCCGUGUCUCACAGUAAAGGCUAAAGCAUGUGCUCACUAUAUAAAGAAAAUAUUGUAAAAAAACGGCAUAUCCCCCAAUCUUUGUAAAGACUGUGUGCUGAUUCUGGGGGCUGGUUUCCUGGAAAGAAUCUUAAAUCUUUUCCUCCUUCCUCUUGAUAAUCUCUUUUAAUUUCUAGUCAUUUCUUUCUAAUGGCUGUGAGAGUGACCUUAGACUUAAUUUAGCAUCAAAACCAGCCCCUAUCGAUAUUGAAUCAUGUUUUAGAUUUUGCAAAAAUGCUGUUCUUUGGUCACUUACUGUAAAAUGGGAUGGUUUUGUGAAACAUUUCCGAAACAUAGAAAUUGAUUUGUCAAGGCAGUAUGCCUUUUAGUGCAUUCUAUAUGUCCAUAGUAUUUGCAGAAUAUUUCCAUAUAUUCCAGGAAAAGUAUUUUAAACAAUCACUGGCAAAUUGUGACUAGAGGAUUUCUCAGAGACGUCCUGCCAUUUGGAUUUAAUUUGUGCCAUUCUGUACAGUAUAUACUCCUUUUUAGCUCACUCUCCUUUUCCUGUUGUACUAGCUGACAAACUUGAUAAUGUUUUUGUUUGUUUGUUUAUCAGACCUUGGGGGAUGUUUGUAUAAUGAAACAGGGUCAUGUUGGCUGAGAGUGUAAAUAUAAAACCUUUAUCACAAACCUUCAUGAAACGUAAGAAAUAAUGUACAUAUUGUAGGUAGAAAUGCCAUCAUUAAAUUUCAGCAAUAUGAUUUAUGAAUAAGCCUUAAUUGAUGUGUUAGUGAAUUCAAACUUUUUGUGUUAUAUUUGCAGAGGCUCCAUUACAAAUCUAAAUUCUCUUCCAUUGUGGAUUUUUUUCCAUUUUUAAGUUUGUGUGCCAUUUUCAGAACGUAGCAGGAAGAAGGUGAUGUUUCAGCUUGAACUGCACGCUUAUGACAUGUAAUACAUUUGUUGCUUAAAAUAUUGAAUGUAAUGGCAAUUUGCUUUUAUGACAAUAAUACAUAUACAGUUCCAGUCAAAAGUUUGGACAUGUCUCAUUCAAUGUUUUUUCUAUCUUUUUUAUUAUCAUUUUUAAUGUCAUAGAUAAAUAUUGAAGACAUCAAAACUAAGAAAUAAUGUGGAAUUAAGUUGUAAACAAAAAAAGUGAUGAACAAACCGAAAUAUGUUCGAUAUUUUUCAUUCUUUAAAGUAUCCACUGUUUGCAUUGAUGACAGCUUUGCACACUUUGGCAUUAUCUUAAUCAGCUUCAUGAGGCAACUGGAAUAGUUUGCAAUGAACCAGUGUGCCUAUUCAAGAUUAAUUUGUGGAAUUUCUUACCUUUUUUGAAAAGAAAACUCUUUUUGUUCAUGAAUUUCUGGUUAAAACAAAACAGAAGGAGGAUUGUACAAAGAUGUUGGUAACAUAGGCCAUGUAAUAGUGUAGAACAGCAGUUCCCAAACUUUUUUAGCCGUGCACCCCCUUCUAUGUCCCAACCGUGUUGACGCACCCCCAACCCCCCACACCUUCAAAAAACAAAAUGCAAUAAGCUUUUUUAUAGCCAUAUUAAAGGCGGCAUGUUGAAUCAUGCUCAAAUGAGAACACACAUAUAAUUAAAUAAUCACCAUCACAACAAUGCGGUCUCGCAUUUGAAUUAACCUGAACACAGUUUCAAUAUAAUGCAACAAAGUUAUGCGCAAGCUUUCACUUUUAAGAGCAAAGAGGAUGAUGACAGGCUCAGGAUCAGAGGCAGAAAGCACAUAAGUUGGGAAAAUGUUAUAAUAUUUUGAGCCGCGUUGAACAAAAAUUGCAGCAAGUUUAAAUGAGCGUGGAGCUAAACAACCCGUCAUCAUAACACAGGUUGGAAAAAUGGAAGAAGAUAACUUCUUCUACGCUUCAUUUUAAGAUGAAGUGCAUUUUGGAUAGCCUGCAUUUAUUUAUUAAUUAAUAUUACAGUUUUUGAUUUUACAUUUUACAAAGGAAAUGUUUAUUUACACUUCUUUAUUGUGUGGGGGAAAAAUUGUAAUUGUGUAAUUAUCAGACCGCCAUUACAUUUUUCAGCCCGCGCACCCCCAGGGGUCCAUGCACCACACUUUGGGAAUCCCUGGUGUAGAAAGUAAAAUACUAAACAAAACACCCAGAGAAAAAGCAACAAAUAGCACAUGAGUGAUUUCCAAUUCCUGCAGGUUACAUUACAUACUUUGUACAGUCCAUUUCCUCCAGACUUUUAUAUAUUGGUCAGAUUGCAGCCUUAAUGAGAAAGUCAAUGUCUCCAUACAGUGAAUUUACAAGCUAUUGCAAUCCAAUCAUUUUUUGAUGCAAGUUAACCUGCAGCCACUUCAGUGUAAUGGAUUUCUUACUUGCAGCCAAAAGGACUGUGUAUAGUUACCUACGUAUCUUGGGCCACGAUAUUGUCCGGAUAUUUGCCCAGGUAUAAUAGGCAAGGCAAGGCAGACUUCUGUCAGAUAAUGCACCACUUCUCCCAGAAAAUUGUUGCAAUUGCAAAUGCUUUGGUAUUCACAUGUUUAUUUAUUUUUUUUGCAUUGGCACAACACAAAAAAAAGCAGAGAAAAAAAAGCCAAAUCUGAUCAUUCAGAAGUGCAGGGGUGCCAGUGUUUUUGGCCAUGACUGUAUGCUCAAAUAUAAAUUUAGACAAUGAGUUAUAGCAAAUAAACAAAAGCAAAACAGUAUACAAUAAUAUAUGAAGAAUAGGACUGUAUUGAAAACGUGUGAAGCAUGAAUGAACUGCUGCUGCUGCUGC